UAGCCACCGUUGAUACAGAUCAUAGGUUAGUCGCCAGUGAGAUAAAAAAUACACUACGACUCGUCGCGAUUUUAAUUUAAUAAUCCAUUUCUUAUCAAUAUUGUAUAAAGAGUAAUAUCAGGUCUUCAAGUGUCCCCCAUCUUCUUCAAUCAGUAACAGUCCCACAUGAUAGUGACGUUGUAGUGCUUUCAUUUUUAUCAAUAAUGGCAAAGUUUUUCAACUACACUUUUUUAGUUAUUUGUACUGUCGGUUUCUUAGCAGUCUCGGUAGAUGUUCCAAUAUCAUGGACUUCGCCGAAUUACGUAAAAUUAUAUUCCAACGAUUCUUCCAUAAAUCCGCUGCCGAAACCUAUAACAGUUAGUGAAGAUGGUUGGAUUGGUUCACUUGUAACCAUUGGAGCUAUAAUAGGUCCAAUACCAGCGCCAUACAUUUGUUCCAAGUUCGGAAGAAAAAACGCUCUACUUGUGUCCGCCUUACCUUUGAUAACUUCAUUUUAUAUGCUAGCUUUCGCAAAAAACGUCUAUACAAUCUAUGUAGCGAGAACUCUUGGUGGUAUGUCGUUAGGUGCUGGAUAUGCUUUAUUACCAAUAUACGUAGGAGAAAUUGCAGAGGACUAUAACAGAGGCAUGUUAUCUCAAGCUAUCAACGUCUUUUGGUCCACUGGAAAUUUUAUAGUAUACUCAACUGGGCCGUUCAUGUCCUACAAAGCGUUCAAUUUAAUGAUAGCGAUGCUCCCAACAAUAUUUUUCUUUCUUUUCCUUUUACUAGCUCCCGAAUCUCCGUAUUAUUUGGUGGCGGAAAAUAAAAUGGAAAAAGCCGCCAAAUCGCUAAUGUUGUUGAGAUCAAAAGACAAAGAUGCUGUGCAAGAAGAACUAGUAUUCAUCAAAGACCAAUUGAACGAUCAUAAAGAAAAUGGCGGUUUAGCCGAUUUAUUCGCCGAUAAUAUUGUUCGCAGAGCUUUUAUAAUAUGUUUAUUAUUAGUAUUCUCUCAAGAAAUGUGCGGGUUUUCAGCGUUAUUUUUCUACAUGCAACUUAUAUUUCAGGCUUCUGGUUCUCAAUUAUCCGACGACAUAUCGUCACUCAUAAUAUCGGUAAUAAUUCUAACCAGUAGUUUUAUUUCUCCGUUCACGGUAGAUCGCUUCGGUAGAAGAACUUUAAUAGUCGUUUCUUGUUUCGGAAUGUGUUUUUCGUUAGCAGCACUGGGAAUAUUUUUCUAUUUAUUAGAAUAUACUAGCGUAAGUACGGAACCAUUAUAUUGGCUCCCUAUAACUAGUUUAGUGUGUUUCAUCUUCUUUUUUAAUUUCGGGAUGUCGGUACCUUGGACAGUUACGGCAGAAAUGCUUCCGGGACACGUAAAAGAAACUGCUACUACUAUUAUCACUAGUACAAGUUGGAUAGUAGCUUUUCUUUUAACUUUAUUCUUCAAUGACAUAACUUCAAUAAUGGGAAUGGGGCAGACUUUUUGGUGUUUUGGAUUGUACUGUUUCGUAGCUGGUAUAAUGGUAUUCCUUUUCGUACCAGAAACUAAAGGGAAAAGUUUUAGUGAAAUUCAAGAUAUUCUUAGGUACGGUGGUAUGUUUCAUUUUAGAUCUAAAAAAUACGUAUCUGAAAAAAGCAAAGGCGUAGAAAAAUAUUAGAUAAUUUUUUGUAUUAAUUAAAUUGCAGAAUAAGCUCGGUUUUCGUAAGGACAAAAAUUAAUUGUGUGGAAAAAGUCAAAUAGAAAAUGCAAAAGAUGGUACAAAUGAUAUUUGUAAUACUCCUAUAUUCCUAAUGGUCGUAAGUAGAAGGGUGGCCUAUGAAGAGAGGCAGCAAUGACUAUAGUUCUUCCAAUAUCAAUUGCAGACUAUAGAAACCCUGGUUAGCAGUAAUAUUUCGAAGAAAUUGUGUACAUACGCCUUCCGACAGCUUCGACCAAUAGCAAUACAUGUUUACGAUUCCAUGUUUUCAUUGGUAAACAGUGGAAAUGAUGAAUCCGCGUGGACUAACGGUUUGUUAGAUGUUUACCGAGUAAAUAUUAUUUUACAUUCUUUAAUUUGUUAUGAGUGCCAUGCGUAUUUAUGAAAUAUUGAUUGAUCCUCCCUUUCGCAGCUUAAAAUCUAUCUAUUAGUAGCGUUCCUUUCCCAUGAAAUCUCAGAUAAUUUCUUCUUCUUCUUCCGCCUGUUGUUGGUUGCUGGGUGGAUAAAGUAGCCAGAUGACUGCCACUGCUGGUCCCAAUCUCGGGUAAAGGAGGAGAGUUGUCAGGUGAGGCCAGCAACCUGCCUGACGUAAAAAGAAUUGCUGCUCACAAAUCCAACGAUUAGCCUCGGUAUAGGAUAGUCCAAGCGUUGACGAACUCGACUAGAAAUUGGAAUACGAAACGGAAUUCAAUUCUACGUCCCAUUUUAAUUUUACUCAAAUCAGAUGAAUUACCCCUUACCGCUGCAGCAACAACUUUUGUUUUGCGGAAAUAACUCAAUUCAGUUAUUUGACGAAUGAUUGAAAAGUUUUAGGAUAUAUUUACUUGUAGUUAGGAUUUGCGAAUUCAUUUUUAUUCUACUUUUGUAUUGACUAGUGCAUUUUGGUUUAGAAUACAAUGAACUGAAUGCGUGUGUCUCAGUUUAUUAUUCCAUUUGAGCCACCAUAUCAAAGUGAGAACAGGUGAGCUGAUAUUAUCAGCUCAAUUUGAAAUGAAUCAGAUCAUUUGCAGAAGGAAAGCUAUGAUUGUAAUGAAUUUUGUUUACCGAUAAUCCAUUCACGAUCAUGCGCACUAGACUUAACGUAUAAUAAGUGAAACGUGCAUUUUGGUGUCUUGAAAAGGAAGACGAUCCAAUAGUGCAGAAAUACAUACAUCUGUCUCCGUCAUAUAGACUUGAAAUGCUAUGUGAAUGCCCGAAAAUAGAGCAAUCGCACGAACGCAAUUCUAUAUAUAGAUGUUAGAUAUUGAACGGAACAAUUAAACAUUUUGAAAAUAUAAUUUUCAAUUAUUUAAAAUAAUAUUUAUAUACAUAUAUAUAUAAAUAAUUCAUAAUAACAAAUGAAAAAAAUAAUAAACGUGCUUGAUUCCAAAUCACGACGCAAAAAUGGUUACUACAAAGCGGUGCACAGAAUGAACGCGAAUAUGGUGCGCUCUAGACGUUCAUAAAAGUAAUGGUUGGCUGGUAAACAUAACCUUAAAAGUGAAUGUAUAUAAAGAAAUUUGAACGGUGAUUAACGAUUUUGAAUCAUUUAUAAUGUAAUAUAUUCUUACUUUACUGUAUGAAAUGUGUAGAGAAAUAUAUACAAAGCGACAUUUGACACGGCGUUGGUGGGUAAGACCCCGCGAUUUGAAUAGAUAUAUCUACAGUUACUUUACUAGAUCCAGACGAAUUUUUCAAACAUAGAUGAAUGAAUCGGGGUUAUAUUAUAAACUUAUUAACCAGACACUCAACAAAACAUUCAAUAAGAAAACCCUAUUGUCGAUUAGAUCUGGAAGUUAAUCACCAGUUCUUGUCACGGAUUUUUCAAACGGGAAUAUGAUUCCCAAAAUAAAUCUGGCAUAUUUUAGUUUUCUUGUAUCUAACCGAAUGUUUAUUAAAUAAACACUCAUGAGCACGUACAAAUUCUAUCAGCCUUUUACUGAGAGAAGUCAUUUUUCAGGAUAUCUGCAACUACAAACUACACUAGAAAAGUGAGGUUAGGUUUUUGACGUUCAGCGACGAUUAGCGCUUAAAAAGUAGAAAGUUGGUUAACUUCGACGUCAAGAGCGCGUACGUUAUGAGAGUUUCUCAACAAGUUGAUCUAUCUUUGACAUUUAUGAACGUCUUAAGAGUGUCAUGCUCGUUUUCAUUAUGUAUACCGCUUAACCGUGUUAUAAGCUUCCAAUGGAUGGAGCGUCUCUCUUAUACUUUCUUACUACAGUCGCUCAGUUUGUGCACAGCGGAUCAAGUCUGAAUAAGAGAGAUAUAAGAAUGCAGUUGCUGUCUCUCUUGGUGGGCAGCACUUUUACUUACAGGGAUCAGCAAUAUAGGAGUAUUAAAUAUAUGGUACAGUUCCUUUAAAUCUGUUAAUAAUGUCAAUGUUUUGACCUCUUCAGUGCAACCAGCUUAGUAUUCUUUUUCGUAAAAUCAAUAUAGCCAACUUAAAUGUUUGUUUUUCUGUAUCCCUGACUCCGAUUUGUGGUUUUACUACAUACAAGUCAACAGAGAAAAACUUUUUUGCCUUUACGAAAACUGAAGUUUAAAAAUAUAGUUUAAAGAAGUGUGAAAAGGCAGUUGAAUUCGUUUAAUUAAUGAAAUUUACAAUUUUAAUAUACUCAAAUCUUAUCUGAAAUCUUAAAAGCGGAAAGCUACUUACACAUUUUUGUCAAUUUAAAUAAUAUCUAUUUAUAUACUAUAACUCUACUAACAAUAUAGGAGAUGCGUAUAUAGUGAAUGUAUAAAUUUGGGACGAGAUUAUUAUUUGAAAAAUUUUAUUAUUGAUUUCUAGAAUGAAUACUCAAAAGUAUAAAGCAUGAUGAUCACAAAAAAGUGCGUAGUAAAUUAGUUUUUCGUUAGUUUAAUAUCUAUUGUUUCAAAUAUUUUGAAAUUUUUUACUAUCCUCUUGUAAAUAGUGAUUUAUGGCAAAUAGAAUGAAAAUAUGAAUCUUGAUAAAUGAAUGAUAUUGUUCUGACUCCUUUUAUUUAUACUACUUUAAUUCAAUAUUUCAAUUUUUCAAUAUUUAUAUCUUUAUCGUUUUUCUGUGUUUAUGAAAAAUUUUUUAGUUGGUAAUGAAUUUUAUCUAAGUCCCCUAUCAAAUGUGAUACUUUGAGUCACUCCUUGACAUUAGGAAACGUCACAUGUUUCAUAACCUCCAUAUAUCAGUUAUGUAAACACUUUACGUACCUGUUUAUUUAUAAACAUUGAAAACAAUACUAUUAAAGACACAGUUAUUUAAAGUAAGUCCAUUUUCUGGGUGAAUAUUCUCUUGAACUUCUUGUCAAAUGUUAAUUUCAUUUGAAGCUGUGAAUUCCUCUCUUAUUUUCUAAUGAACCCUCAACAUAGCCCUCCACUUCACUGUUGGAUUACCAUUCUCCAUGUUGCUUAGAAUUUCCGCUUCUGACUCUGUCAGGAGAGACGUUGACGAGCGUCUGAAACAAUGUCCGGUAUAUCCUUUAACAUUAGGUAGACCCAGGUACUGAGUAAUCUUUGCUAGUAAUUUUCCAAUGGUAUUUAUGCGCUCAAGUUGUAUGACACAUUUUCCAUUAUAAUAUCGCAUAAACAUAUGUCGUGCUUUACAGCAAGAGGUCUAAUGUUUUUAUACUUUUUCAGGAGCUCUAAUAUUUCUAUACUUUUUGAGGUCAACAAAAUUGACACCAGCAAUAUUUCCAGCAGUGACCACAAAUUCGCGAAUAACAUGUAUUUUGCUUUCUGAGAUUGUAAAUUUAAAAAAAAGGUGCCGUCAUCAAAUACGUUUCCUUCUCAUAGGAAUGUCAAUUCAGCUUUCCUGCGGGCUCCCGCAAUCCCUAUUAUCAUUGCGACCUAAAUAACAGAUUUAUUUAAUAAUAAAUUAUAAACAUAUGGUAAAUUAAGUCGAACUUUUGCAAAUAGAAAUAUUCCGUCUUCAGCCUCUUUUAUAAAUCUUUCCACAUCCUUUUUCGUCAAAAUAGACGCCUUUAAUGUUUUUAAAUUUUCAAAAUAGGCUUCAUCUUUCAAAUUUUUAGUAGGCCAGGGCGUAUCUACUUGAUUUUCAGGUAUUAAACUACCCACUGCAUUAUUUGCAGACUGUCUUACUUCAAAUGGAAUGUCUGAUUCACUAUCUGAAGACAUUUAAACUUGUUUUGACAUAUUUUCAAAUAUCGUUGUUUGCUUCCAUAGAAACAAUACUUCAAGACCUGCUUCUGUACUAACAAUACUUUUAACACCAUUUGUUUCCACAUUAAUAUUUUCAUUCAUACGUAAAUAACUAUUUAAUAAUUAUUAUUUAGCAGCAAUUUACCAAUAUUCGCUAUUUUCUAUGUCAAUAAACCAAAAAGUACAAAACCUACAAAUAUCAGCAGUCUAUCAAUUACACUACUUGGGGCCAAUUUUACAACCUAAGGUAAAACUGGAGAUCAAAGUUUAAACUAUAGUUUAAGCCAAGAAUAAACAAAAUAGCUAUUUUACAGGUCAGUCAAAAAGACAUUUUUAUGCCAAUUGUGACAAAUAUAACCAAAAUUUUUUUGAUAUCCGUUUAAGAAGGUUUAUGAACAAAAAACCAAAAAAAUCGAGCAAUUUCUAUGAAGUAGUACUUUAGGUUAACCUUGUGAAGAAAUGCAAAGAAACAGUCGAAUCCAAAAAAAAUGAUGCGGUAACUUAGAGGAAGGAAAAACAUUGGGAGGAGUUGGAAAAUAAAUUUAAUGAUGAAAAUAAAAAAAACGGUUAUGUUUUCGAUAGUAUCAUAACAAAAUUAAAACGUAUUGAAGAUUCGCUCUAGAACGAAUAAAUUCUUGUUUUCUCGGCGCAAAGACAAUGUUGAUAAUGUCUUCAACAUCAUCGUAAAGUUUAUCAAAUCUUCAAUCAUUCUACCUUUUUAAUAUUGUAAAAAUGUAAACAAUUUGAAAUAUUUAGGUUAGGUUAGGUACCCUCAGACCGCCUGUAACGUUUAAUCCGAAGUUUGUCACUUAUCCUACAUUUGAGGUUUAACCCUCAUUUGUAAAAUUGGGCCUUGAAGGAAUUACCAUAAUUAAUGUUUAAAUAAACAGUGAGCGUCAGAUUAUUUUUCAACAUUGUGAUCAUGAUCAGAGUUUUUGAAAAGCCUUAUUAAGAGUUUCAAACUAACUAUAGAUCCACUUAUUUGGGACAUUUUCCAAAUAAUAAUCAUAUUCCUUAAUUUAGCUUAUCACUGUAUAAUUAGAAAGUAGAACACUUAAAAUAUAUUACUUAACGGACAAUUGUAAUAUGUUUAGAACUACAGUAUUAUUUUUAGUUAGAUUUAUUUUAUUUAAUUUUAUUUAUGUAGUGCCAUAGUAAAAGCAUUCAUUAAUUUUAUGUAAAAGUAUUCAAGAUUUUUUAUUCCUAUUUAUAAUUAUAUAAUUUAAUGUAUAAAUAUACAGGGUGAAUCACGUUGUAUAUUCUUGGAAGAAAAAACUGUAACCAGUGAUGAAAAAUUUUAAUAAAAUUUUGUCAGUAUUGAAUUUUAAUCCCUAUGUGCACAAAAUAAGAUAGUGUUUGUUAUUUUUCCAUAUUUCAAUAUAUUAGAAGAUCUAUUCAUUUUAUAAUCUGGGAAUUACACAUUUUCCAUUAGAUUGUAUGUAUAACUUUUUAUGCUUCAAAACAUUUCAGUCAAAAAUACAAUGAUUUUUUUAAUUUAAAUACUUCACUAUUAUCUAUUUUAUUGAAAAUAUUGAUCAUUAUUUUAUUGGAAAAAUUGAAAACUAUUUUAUUAAGAAGAAUAAUUAUAUUUUUAAAACAAUGUAACUUAUCUACAAGAUUAUUUGAUCAAAGAAUAAUCUGUAACGUAUAAGUAGUUAAUCACUGUGAUAUGAUAGGAAAUGACAACAAUAAACGAGAUAUUGCUGACAUUA